UGUGGCCUCCGCCGCCAUUUAACUCCUCUUCUCCCGGCCUGAGGAAGGAAGGAAGGGAUGGCGAGUCUGGUCUCGCCCACCGGGAUGGUGGAGGCGGAGGGGAAGCCUCCCGGGGCGGAGAAGCCCCCUCUGAGGCGGAGGUCCAGCCGCGCGGCUCUCAGGCGGAGCAGCAGCGCGGAGGAAAACGACAACAAGGCCGGGCGGGGCCUAGCGUCGCUGGCGGAGACCCCCUGCGGGGCCCAGCAGGCCUCAGGCCGGCGGUAUUCUCUGCGGAGAGGAAGCUCAUUCACAUUUCUAACUCCAGGGACACACUGGGAUUUUACUCUGAAGAGGAAACGGAGAGAGAAGGAUGAUGAUGUUGUCAGCAUUUGCAGCCUCGAUCUUAAGGAGCCUAGCAAUAAGCGCGUCCGGCCUCUGGCUCGGGUCACCUCCUUGGCAAACCUGAUUUCUCCUGUGAGAAAUGGUGCAGUGCGGCGAUUUGGACAGACCAUACAGUCAUUCUCCCUUCGCGGUGACAACAAAUCACCAGGCAGUGCCCAGAAGUCCUGCAGCCGGUCAGCUGCCCCAACGCCUCCCAAAAGGAGAAACAGCGCAUUGUGGUCUGAGACGUUGGAUGUCACUAUGAAAGAGACACUGAGCACGAAGGAGAUCAAACGCCAAGAGGCGAUAUACGAAAUGUCCAGGGGUGAGCAGGACUUGAUUGAGGACCUGAAGCUUGCCAGAAAGGCUUACCAUGACCCCAUGUUGAAGCUGUCCAUCAUGUCCGAAGAAGAACUGACGCACAUCUUUGGGGACUUGGACUCCUAUAUCCCUUUGCAUGAAGACCUUUUGGCAAGGCUGGGAGAGGCAACAAGACCAGAUGGGACAGUGGAGCAGAUUGGACCCAUCCUUGUAAAAUGGUUGCCAGGGCUGAAUGCCUACAAGGCCUAUUGCAGCAACCAGCUGGCCGCUAAAGCCCUUCUGGACCAGAAGAAGCAAGACCCCCGAGUCCAGGACUUCCUCCAGCGCUGCCUCGAAUCUCCGUUCAGCCGCAAGCUGGACCUCUGGAGCUUCCUGGACAUCCCUCGAAGUCGCCUGGUGAAGUACCCGCUCCUCUUGAAGGAAAUCCUUAGGCAUACGCCGAAUGAUCAUCCAGACAUCCAGAUUCUGGAAGAAGCAAUCUCCAUCAUCCAAGGAGUUCUCUCCGACAUCAACUUGAAGAAAGGCGAGUCUGAAUGUCAGUACUAUAUUGACAAGCUGGAGUACCUGGAUGAGAAGCAGCGGGACCCACGGAUCGAAGCCAGCAAAGUUUUGCUGUGCCACGGCGAGCUCAAGAACAAGAAUGGCCAUAAGCUCUACGUCUUCCUUUUCCAAGAGAUCUUGGUCCUGGCUCGACCUGUCACCCGCAACGAGCGCCAUUCCUUCCAAGUCUACCGGCAGCCCAUCCCUGUCCAGGACCUGGUGCUGGAGGAUUUGCAAGACGGGGACGUGAAAAUGGGGGGAUCUUUCCGAGGCGCAUUUGGCAACUCUGAUAAAGCCAAGAACAUCUUCCGCGUGCGCUUCCGGGACCCCUCCCCAGGCCAGUCCCACACGCUGCAGGCCAACGACGUCUUCCACAAGCAGCAGUGGUUCAACUGCAUCCGCUCGGCCAUUGCGCCCUUCCAGCCGGCGGUGGGGCCUCCCGAGCUCAAGGAGUUGCCGGAGCUCAGCGAGGAGGCGGAAGAGAACAGCCCCUCUUUGUCGGGCCCCAGGAUCCUGAGGAGGCAGUCCACGCUCUCAGGCAGCGUCCGCAUGGAGCUGGACGAGAACUCGCCCGAGGGCCACCCCUCGAUGGACACGAACGAGGCGGCACCCAAGCCGGGAAAGGGGUGCCGGAUGCACUCAGGUCUGCGACGGACGCGGGAGAAAAGCCAGCUCAGCGCCAAACGGAAAGAGACUCUCGUCUGAAGGAGGAGGCGGAAGCCCUUCUCCACUGUUUAUUUAUAAAUAAAGUGUACAUUUUCUUUCCUUUGUAAUGUGAGAAUGAGGGGAGGGGGACUACUCCUUCUGUGUGGUUUCUGUUUUUGUUGUUGUUUAUGUUUAUGGCAGCUACUGGUUCUCAGCAAACCAUGGUUGAACUGGAGUCUGUUCUAGGAGAACAACUGGGUUUCUAGAUUAGUUCUGACCCUUUUGAAAGUGUGAAAGGAUGGUACCACUACUCCCACUGGGGUUUUGGCUUCCGAGUAUUUCAAAUUACGAAGGCUUGGUUCCCUUGGGAUUUGGAGCAGCUUCACUUAGAAAAGCCCGCUUUUCUCCCAAGAUCAACACAGUAAAAUGCUGGAUUGAAAUAGACUUAAAUGUGAAUCAGAUUUUCACAGCAAUUUGAAAUUAAUUAACGAAAAGCCAGUGGGAUUGCUUUUAAUUCUGACAGGGGCCUUUCUGAGGCCCAGUGCCCACAUUUAUCCAGAAAACAGACUCCUAAGUUCAACAGGUUUCCCUCUUUUUGACUGGAAUUCUGUACUUUUUGUUGUUCUUGUACAGUCUUUGUGUGAAUUGACAUGACCUGCCAAGUAUUUAAUCUUUUUUUUAAUUAUUAUUUGAAUAAGUUUGUAGGGGACUCUUUUUGUACUUCGAUUUCAGUGUAUUUUUUUUCCAACAUUCAGAUUGGCUUCUUUUUUAUGUAUUUGAUUUUUUUUGUGGUGUGUAUGUUGUUUAUAUUUAAAAGCCAAUUUGAAUCUUGACCGGGUAAAACAAAAGCCAUAAGUUCUUGAGCCACUUGGGGAAAUGGGAGAACACAGUUUGCAAUGCCCAUUCCCUGCGAACCCAAAACUACCUGAUCUGGGGUUCUUGUGCCUUUUACUCCAAACAGGAGGAAUUGCAUUGCCAGACCUCUCUGUCCACCCAAAAAAAAAGGUACAGCAGAACCUAAAAUGAUCAGCGAGAGGCAAUCUUUUUUGGGGAGGGGGAAGGACUGAGUUUCCGUUUAAUGUAGCAUUUUGGGGUGAACCGCCACAGGCCUGUAGAGCAGCUGGUGUGCUCUGAACUACUGAAAGGAGAUCGCAGUGAAUGCAGAAGACGUAGGGAAUGUCACAGAAAGCUUUAAGGAAAGCAGAAGAAAUGGGAUGAGGAUGAAUAGAAGUUGUUAUGUUCCUGGGGGCAUCCAAAGAUGUCCGCUGUUGGAAGCAAAAGAAGGUGUAAAGUAUGUCGUGAGAAGGUUUGGGAGGUAGUGGUAGUUGGGUGUGUUUAGUGAGAAGGAAAGAGAAACAGAGGAAGGCUCCUUGCUUAUUUUCCCCCAGCACCAAGGGCCCCAUUCCCAAAGAAGGGAGGCUGUUGGGUGUGCUGCAGAGUAAAGCAAAACUGCCCACCGGAAGCAUCUCCCAAAAUGGGAAUCUAGAGACAAGGGAUGCCUUUGGUGCGGAAUAAGUCUUGGGUCAGAAGCCGUUCUGGGGAGGGAGCUCUGGAAGCAAAUGUAAAUAACCAAACCACUGUGGAUCUCUGUAAAUGUUUUUCUUGUACAGUGCCAGGAGCGGAGUACAAUUAAAGUUGUCACUGCAUCUUG